AUGCUCUUAUCUCCAACCAAUGUGUUAAAAGUGUCACAUAGGCAUUUAAUGGGAACCCAUUUCAGGGAACGUACAUUGCAGAAAUGCCUAUACCUAAUACUAAGCACACUGUAUUUUUAUUUUUUUUUCCUUUUACCAUCCUCCAUCUACUGUCAAGAUUCAAGAUGUCAGGACUUGAUAAGUGAUUUCACUGAUUUGUGUAUACAACAGGAACGUAUGUCCAAUGUUGCAUACAACAUCGUAAAUGGUAUUUGCAUUCCCGUGAAAGAUCAAUCCGCACCGGUCUACAUUACCAUUGGUGAUGGUGGAAAUAUUGAAGUCUUAGCCACCAAUAUGACAGAACCCCAGCCGGCUUACUCAGCUUAUAGAGAGGCCAGUUUUGGUCAUGCUACUUUCGACAUCAAGAACCGAACCCAUGCAUACUAUGGUUGGCACCGGAAUCAAGAUGGAUAUGCAGUAACAGCUGAUUCUAUGUGGUUUUUAAACAGAUAUUAUAAUCCUGAUAAUGAGUUUGCAAGUGCCCAACACUACUAGAACGAGGCUCAUAAGCCACCACAUGAUGGAAAAAAUGAAAAGACCUUAUUUGCUAUCGUUCCCUUGAAUAAAUACCCAAAUGUAUCAGCUAAUAAAAGAAAGAUGGAAAAUACUUUCCACC